UGGCACCUUCUGCCUUGGGGGGAUUACACUCCUUUUAACGAUGAUGAUACUUACCGACCUAAGCUGCCUGAUCUCUGGGAAGGGACUACCUCAUGUGCCCCUUCCCCCGGUUACCUAGACCGCGAAUGGACGCUAUCAGUAAUCUGCCCUUCACCCGAUCUUGAGGACAUAGUUGCUGAAUGGUCACCUUCCUUGUAUCAACAUCCGUCCGACCGGCUAAGUUGUGAUCAUAUGAUAAAAGAGGACGCAAGUAAUAUUCUACGACGGAAGAUAGCGCGUGGCCGACGGGUGAGACUAGAUAAUACUGAUAUAGUGUUAUUGGUGAACUCCUACAGGAGUAUUGACAAACACUUUGAAGUUACUAGUGUUGAUUGGACAGUGGCGGAGAAAUAG